AUGUAUGUCUACAGAUUUGCUCUAAUUCCGAUUCUGCGUGAGUUACCGUAUACCUUUGAGUGUGAUUGCAUCAUCCGUAUCUACGCAACUCUAAAACUGCAGACUACCCAUUCUUUGCUGAAAGUCGCUUCAGAGCUCUAUGCACGCCCGCUUGAGGCCUGGGACGUUACAGACACGCUUCUUGCGAGCGACAUUGAGGGGGCACUUCACGGGCUCAAUCGCACCACAGGCGAGGUGCUCUGGACCUUGCCCGGAACGCCGCUCGUCCAGAUCGUCAAUCAGACCCACACAUCCCCCGAAGACCAGCGGUCCGAGGUCAUCUGGGCGGUGGAGCCCCUAGACGACGGCCGACUCUACUACUUCUCCAAAGAGAUGGGGCUCCAGGAGUUCCCCGUCAGUAUCAAGCACUUAGUGCUCGAGUCCCCCUUUGUGCUAUCGGGAGAUGACAAAAUCUACACCGGUGCGAUGCGGUCGUUGUUGUACGACAUUCGUGUGUCUGACGGCGAGGUCUUGGGCACCUACGGUCCUGGCUCCCCGUCGAUGCAAUGCCCGGUGGACCCUCGGGGUCCAGAAGAGCCCCAUGUAUAUGUGAGCCAGACCAUCUACGAGCUCACAAUCCAAGGAUCAAACCAAGGAAAGGACCAGGCUACCUGGAAAGUCACGUACGCGUCCUGGGGCCCUAACAACAUGGACAAGGACUUGGUGCAGCAGAGUCGGUACCCGCGCGAUAUGUUCCUCGCGCCAAACUACGACGCGUCAGUGUUAGCAAUGGACUUGGAGCUGCCCACGCCGAAGUGGGUAUCGCGGCUCCCCGCGAUUGCCGUGAACGUGUUUGAUAUCUUCCUGUCGCAUAGCGCUGAGCUCGCGGUGCUCCCCCACCCGCUCAAGCCGGACUCUGAAGCGUUCAACCCGAAGGCGGACUAUGGCACGUUCCUCGACCAGACGUCCACCGGCUCGUGGUACGCCAUGUCUGGCUUCAACUAUCCGUUGCUCGUGGCGUCCGCGCCGAGAUCGCAGUACUGGACUUCCAGCCGCUGGCACAGUCGUGACGUUCCCUCGUCGCCGGACUUUGAGAACCUCACGUUGAACGGCGUGCACAAGUCGCUUGUCCUGGAAACCACCCAUACCCGCGAGCGCUUGCCGAGCCCUGCAGCCACAAUUCUGAAAAACCUCCCGGCGACGACGACGACGACUACUCCGUGGGGGCACCAGAGGAUACCCAAGCCUAUCCAGCCGGUCACCCUCGAUAUCACCGAAGACUACUUGACCAUGUCGUUGGGUAAGAUUGUUCUCCGGAUCGUGGAGAAUGCUGUCACCACGUUAGUCGUGGUGAUGGUAAUGGUGGGCUUGGGCAAGAUGGGGGUAAUCCCACCGUUCACCAAGAUCUUGGUCAAGCUUGGGUUCUUCAGACGGACCCAGAACGCGAUCGAGAUCGUCGAGAAGAUGCUUAGCGAGGAAGAGGUGGACCUGGCCCGAGAACUCUCCACUCCCGAGCCCGAUGACAAGCGUAAAAAGAGCGUGACGAUCCUCGACCACGGCGAGAUCUCCAAGACCACGGAUGCGGUGAGUUCGCCCGAAGAUGCGGGCCCCAAACGCCGCAAGCGCGGUAGUCGUGGGGGCAAAAAGAACAAGAAGGAAUCGGAGAUAGCUCUGGAAAGCCUCAGUUUAGAAGUCGACUCCUCGAUCAGUUCGGAGGUUGGUUCCUCAACAAAGUCGGAGGGCUCCUUGCUUUCAGAGGUUGGUUCUGCCAACUCUCGUUCGUCUACCGGGAACUUGGUCAUCUCCGACACGGUGCUCGGCUACGGCUCGCACGGGACGGUGGUGUACAAAGGGACGUUUGAGUCCCGCCCUGUGGCGGUCAAGCGCAUGUUGCUUGACUUCUUUGACGUGGCGCAGCACGAGGUGGCGCUCCUUCAGGAAAGUGACGACCACCCUAACGUGGUGCGCUACUUCUGUUCCCAGGAGAGCGAGAAGUUCCUCUACAUUGCGUUAGAGCUCUGCAGCGCCAGUUUGGAGGAUGUGGUGGAGAAAGCCCAGCGGUACCCGGAGCUCUCAUCGAUGCGCCCGAACACGAUCUUGUAUCAGAUUGCCUGCGGCCUCAACUACCUCCACUCGCUCAAAAUUGUUCACAGAGACCUCAAACCACAAAAUAUCUUGGUGGCGCCGCCAAAGCACCGGCACCGAGGCGAGGCAGUGCCACCACGCACGCUCAUUUCGGACUUUGGUCUUUGCAAGAAGCUUGAGGCUGACCAGUCGAGUUUCCGCGCAACGACCGCCAACGCGGCGGGCACGGCUGGCUGGAGAGCGCCAGAGUUGCUCGUCGAUGAGCACGAUAGCGUGUACAAUAACAUUAUCACCAACGGGACCAUGACGUCCGACCUGAACCACUCCAUUCCUGGUAUGAACGCUACAGGAGCCAGCGAGCCUUUAGUUUAUGACUCGCUCUCCAAGCGGAAACUCACGCGCGCGAUUGAUGUCUUUUCCAUGGGCUGUGUGUUCUACUAUGUGCUCACGAGCGGCCAGCAUCCGUUCGGCGACAGAUAUCUCCGCGAGGGGAACAUCAUCAAGGGCGAGUACUGCUUGGACUUGUUGGACGUGCUUCCCGAUGCGUUCGAGGCACGCCACUUGAUCGCGCACAUGAUUGCGCGCAAUCCGCGGCUGCGCCUCGACUCGCUGCAGAUCAUGAAGCAUCCGUACUUCUGGCUGUACGAGAAGCGCUUUGACUUCUUGCUCAAAGUCAGCGACCGCUUCGAGGUCGAACGCCGGGACCCGCCUAGCCCUCUCUUGCUUAAGUUGGAAGAGAUUGCUCCACAAGUUGUGGGCAAAGACUGGCGGGCAAAGUUCGGGAGAUUGUUUCUUGACAACUUGGGCAAGUACAGGAAGUACCACGGGCUGAAGUUGAUGGACUUGUUGCGUGCGCUCAGAAACAAGUAUCACCACUUUAAUGACAUGCCCGAAGCAUUGAUGGAGGAGAUGGGUCCGCUUCCGGACGGUUUCUACGCAUACUUUAACUCACGGUUUCCGAACAUGUUGAUGGAGAUUUACUUUGUGGUUCAGGAGAACUUGGCGGAUGAACAGACGUUGCGGGCGUUCUACUAG